AAUUAUUAUUCUUACAAGUCAGAAUGUAAAUGCAGAUAUCUCAAAUUACAAUUCCGGAUAGUCAACGUGUAGUUUUGUCUAGUCAAAAUGCAUUUUUAGAUAUCUGGAACGUAAUUACGGAUAGUCAGACAAACCCGAAUUUAUGUUAAAAUGGCCUGCCAUAUUUAGUCACGCAUGCGCAUGACUACGUUUGCGGAUGCGUUUUUAUAAAAUCAACCAAUCAGCGCGCGGUUGGGAAGACAAUACAGUCGCUGGUAUUUACUGUGUUCUUCAAUGGUAUGUUCCCAACUUCGGGAUCGACGUUUUUGUGCGUAGAAACGAAUCCACAGGCGUGUCAGCGGCUACACAGCAGACUAUGUGGAAAGGCAACGUCUUCACCCUGAGCUCGCCCGGAUGGACAGAUUCAGGAAACUUCAGCUCGUUGUGUCCGAAUGGCUCCCAGUGGGUUUGGGAAGGCCUGGGGGAAUGCGCCCAGGAUGCGAGGGACAUGGCCAGCGUCUGCCUGGGUCUCCUGUCCAUCGUCUGUUUCAUGGUGUCCUCUCUUCCUCAGUACUACAGUUCCUGUAAAAAGGGGAAUAUGGACAGUGCCCUAUCAGUCUGGUUUCUGCUGCUGUGGUUGGGAGGCGAUUCCUGCAAUCUGAUUGGCUCCUUUCUGGCUGACCAGCUUCCACUUCAGACCUACACAGCGAUUUAUUAUGUCUUGGCCGACCUGCUGAUGCUUGCCAUGUACACAUACUACAAAAUGAGACACAGAAUGGUUCACAGGAGAACAGUUUUGAACGUCGUGGGCAUUUCUUGCGUUCUGGGCCUGACUGCUGGUCUGGCCCACCUCCCUGGGGUCGACCCCGAACCUGAAAUGAUCUUCUCUGGGUUCAGGAGCCGCUCUUUGCUCUCAACCACUGACACUAGCUCUAUUCAGCCUUUUACCCCUAGAGAGAUUAUUGGUUUCUCCAUUGGGUCGGUGUCAUCCGUCCUCUACCUCUGCUCUAGGCUGCCACAAAUGCACACAAAUUUUAAGAGGAAGUCGACGGAGGGAGUGUCUUACUUCUUGUUUGCUCUCGUCAUCUUGGGGAACACUACCUACGGCCUGAGUGUCUUAUUGAAGAACCCUGAGCGGGGCCACGGCGAGAGAAGCUACCUGGUCCAUCACCUGCCCUGGCUCAUCGGCAGCCUCGGAACGCUCACCCUGGACCUCAUCAUCUCAGUGCAGUUCUUGAUCUACCGCAAGGCUCCGGUUCAGAACGUGAACGGCAGCCUGGGAACUGAUGAGACGGCGCCUCUGAUCCCGAGCUGAACCGACAGACGGAGGAGAUCCUGGAGAGAAGCUCAACUCCAAUCGAACUCAGUUUUAAUCAGUUUUAGUUUUUAUUUAUUAUAUGUUCGUCCUGAUUAAUGUUUACAGAUGGUUUUGUUUUUUAUUGCCGCAAUGGAAGUACAGAUAAAACUUCUUAUUUUAUCUGCUUUUUAGUGUCUGGGUUUCAGACGUCGGACAUGGAGCUCUGAGUCGUAACGUCAAGCAUUCAGACUAGACCAUUCCACAGAGGUUUCCUCUGAAACAACUACGGUGCUGUAAAGUUUCUGAACCUCCACAUCCAACCCUGUCUGUGGUGGUGAAAUGUGCCAGAAUAACUCCACUGUCUGGUAUUGUCCUUUUAAGAUUUUAAGACAUAUAAACCUUGUAUCUACAUCUGCUCUCCCCUUAACCUGCAGCAAAAAACAUGUCAGAAGUGUUGACAGAUCUUUUAUGCAGACUGUUCAUAUUUUCCUUGUAGUUUCAGGUUUUUACUCGAUGUUUUUGUGAAGAUGCAUGACCAGCUGAGUUUUAAAACUGUCUUAAAAAAAUUUUUUUUUUUUUUUUUUUUUUUGCCUUUUUAAUUUGCACAUUUUAUUGUGUGGUUUUGCACAUUUUGAAGCGAACGUUGGUUUUAUAUUGGAAGUGAUAAACAUAGCUAGUCGGUCCGUGUACUGUAAAGAAAUAAACAAAACAAAGACGA